UUUGAAUUCUCAACCGCUGUGAGGAGGCUGAGAGCGGCUGGAGCCAUGAGGAGAAGUUCUAACACCACCAGGCAGUCCCUGCUGCCCCUGCGGGUUCAAGACAGCAACAGAGCGGGCAUGGUCACCCCACAGACCAAAGAGCGGCCCGGGCUGGGCAAACUGAGUACGACCAAACCAAACUCCGCCAACUCCGAGAGGAAGAUCAGCUUCUUCGGCAAGAGGGCCAGCGGAGCCAGGAACAGCCAGUACGGGACUUUCGGAGGCUCUGAGAAGAUAAAGGACCCCAGACCCCUCCAUGACAAGUCCUUCAUCCAGCAAUGCAUCCGCCACCUGUGCGAGUUCCUGAAUGAAAAUAGCUACUCCCAGACCCUCACCGUGAAAUCCUUACAGGGUCCUUCAACCAAGGAUUUUCUCAAGCUAUUCGCCUUCACUUAUAGUUUUAUCUGCUCGAACUAUGAGAUCCCAGACUCUAAGUUCGAGGAGGAGAUCCCACGCGUGUUCAAAGACCUGGGGUGAGUGUUUCUACUGACACCACCUUUCCUGAAUGAAAAUAGCUACUCCCAGACCCUCACCGUGAAAUCCUUACAGGGUCCUUCAACCAAGGAUUUUCUCAAGCUAUUCGCCUUCACUUAUAGUUUUAUCUGCUCGAACUAUGAGAUCCCAGACUCUAAGUUCGAGGAGGAGAUCCCACGCGUGUUCAAAGACCUGGGAGAGGUCAUGCGUCCCUCUGUCCCUCAUAUCUCUGGUACACCUCUGUGUGUGUUCUUGGACUACACUGUGAAGUGCUACAAUCAGUUUAUGGAAGGCAGCGACACAUACGAUGAAACCGACGCCGACAUCUGCGGCAAGCUCAAGGACCUGUAUGCUGUGGAUGAGUCUCAUCUGGAGUUGCUGCAGGCGGCCGUUCGGAGCUUGAUAGAGGAAAUCGAGAAGCUGGAGAAGGAAAAGGAGCGAGAGCCGGACCGCUUGGCCUCCAUGAGAAAACUGAAGGCAACCCUGCAGACCGACAUCCAGAAAUAUCAGAAUUACCUGACCGAGAUCGAAUCCCAUUUCUCGCUCUUGGACCAGCGUGUCGGCAGCGUCAGCGAGGAGCUGGAGGCCGUGGAGCUGGAGGUCGAAGCCGUGAAGGAGGAGAACCUGAGGCUGAAGCACAUCCUGGAUAACCAGAAGUUCUCCGUAGCCGACAUCGAGAGGAUCAAAUACGAGGAGAACGAGCUGAUGGAGACGCUGACCAAGCUGACCAAGGAGCUGGACGAGGAGAAGCAGCUUCUAUGGAGCGAAGAGCUGAAAUACGCCAAGAUCAAAGAAUCGGUGGAAACGGACAUCGCGGAAUUUCACAAGCUGGCCCGAAAAUUACGGCUCAUUCCCUCCACGGCGGAUAACGCCCACGGUUACGACCUCCAGAUCGACUGUAACCUGGACAGCGAGGAGAGUCUGCACCACUGCCGGAACAAGUUGAAUCUCCCCUUACUGGAGAUGCUGACUCAGUCCAAAGCUCAGAUAACAAAGUCUCUUAAUAAGAAGAUGGAGAUCCAGGAGCUGAAUGAGCAGACCUGUGUUCCCGCUUACUCCAACAUCUUUAGUUCCCCUCUGCCUCGCAGUGCCUGCCCUCUCUGCUGUCACAGGCUGCAGCUUGUCGAAAACCAGACGGAAGAGGAGAUAAGACAAGUGGGCAAUAAGCUGGUUCGGGUGGUGUCCGAUGUGGCAUCUCAUGUGGCAGCAAUUGAGAAACACUUGGAGGAGAGGCGCCUGAAGACGGAGCGCGAGUACGAGGAGUUCAUGAAGGAGGACAUGCUGGCCGAUCUGCGAGAAAUCCGGGACAAAUACAAGCGGAAGGCGGAGCUGUUGGAGACGCUGCCCAGCGAUUGAU